CCCCGCAGUUCGCUUCACCCAUUUCGAAGUUCCAUUUUGCCGAUCGGCCGAGGUUUGUAGUCUGUAGAGAGAUGGCACCCAAGGCGGCGGAGAAGAAGCCCGCGGAGAAGAAGCCCGCAGAGAAGAAGCCGGCCGCCGGAGAGGAGAAGAAGGCGGUGGCCGAGAAGGCGCCUGCAGAGAAGAAGCCCAAGGCGGAGAAGAAGCUGCCGGGAAAAGAAGGAGCGGACAAGAAGAAGAAGAAGUUGAAGAAAGGAACGGAGACGUACAAGAUCUACAUUUUCAAGGUGCUGAAGCAGGUGCAUCCUGAUAUCGGGAUCUCCAGCAAGGCAAUGGGCAUCAUGAACUCCUUCAUCAACGACAUCUUCGAGAAGCUUGCUCAGGAGGCGUCUCGACUCGCCCGCUACAACAAGAAGCCCACCAUCACCUCGCGGGAGAUCCAGACCUCCGUCCGCCUCGUCCUCCCCGGCGAGCUUGCCAAGCACGCCGUCUCCGAGGGCACCAAAGCUGUCACUAAGUUCACUAGGGAGAAGAAGCCUGCGGAGAAGAAACCUGCGGAGAAGAAACCUGCUGCCGCAGAGGAGAAGAAGGCAAUGGCGGAGAAGGUCCCCGCAGAGAAGAAGCCCAAGGCGGAGAAGAGACUGCCUGGGAAAGAAGGGUCGGACAAGAAGAAGAAGAAGUUGAAGAAGGGAUCGGAGACGUAUAAGAUCUACAUAUUCAAGGUGCUGAAGCAGGUGCAUCCUGAUGUCGGUAUCUCCAGCAAGGCGAUGAGCAUCAUGAACUCCUUCAUCAAUGACAUCUUCGAGAAGCUUGCGCAGGAGGCGUCCCGUCUCGCUCGCUAUAACAAGAAGCCCACCAUUACCUCGCGGGAGAUUCAGACAUCCGUCCGACUGGUUCUCCCCGGUGAACUCGCCAAGCACGCCGUCUCCGAGGGCACGAAGGCCGUCACCAAGUUUACGAGCUCUUGAUCAUGCAGAGGGGUUCUUAUCUUUUGGCUUUUUCCUCUUCUUCGAGGGAGGGGUUUCAUUUUCCUCCUUCUAAUGAACCGGUGGAAACAGCGAGUGCGGGGGGAUUUGGGUUUUGGGGAUGACUAGCGAUUUGUGGUCCGUGUAAAUGAAAACUUAAACUCUUGUUACCCUUUUACAAUGAAGUUAGUUUAGUUCUCUCUC